AAUGAUAAAUUUGCAAACACCGGUCUUAAGCAUUUUAUUGAUUAAAGUUUAGUUAUAAAGGAAAGAGCUAUAGUUAGCUAAUUUUAAAUUCACCAGGUUCUUGGAUAGUUAGCAUUUGAAAAAUUAAACAAUUUUUAAACAUCUUAUCCACACAUUAUAAUAUUUUAACAGUUAAGGAUAUAGUUAUUUACUAAUAAUGCAGAAAAAUCAAUUUCGUAUUUGUUUAUAUUUUGUCGUGUUUUGUGUGUCGCUUGUCAUCACACUCAGUGAAAAUAACAGUAAAUUCAUCAAGUUCACAAAAGAAUCUGAUCUUGGUGGAUUUACCUGUCCAGAGCAGCAUGCGAUAUAUUUCAAAGAUAAGAUGAGUUCAUCACAAUGUUUGGCAACAUGUGCUGAUUUCAAAGGAUGUUUUAGUGUUUUCCGUCAUGAGGAAAGUUCCCGAUGUAUUGGCUGCAAAGACAAGUAUCUAACAAGCGACGACGCUCCAGUGCUCCUCGGAACGACAUUCUUUAGACGUCGAUCUUACUUGGUAGUUACAGAAAAGAAGACAUGGUUUGAUGCGAAGAGUCAUUGCUCGGAGCUUGGGGGUCAUCUUUUAGACAUAAUGUCACAGGACGAACACACACUCGUAGACAAACUUCGAGCGUUUGAAACAGACACGUGGCUUGGGGCGACAGUCAUUAAAAAUACACGGAUUUUUAUUUGGGAGAAUGGGAACAAAGUUGAUGAUUAUUUCGAAAACUGGUCAUCACAUGAACCAAAUAAUGCAAAAGGCAACGAAAAUUGUGUAAAGAUUAAUAAAGCUAAUGUGUGGGUCGAUACGCCAUGUUAUGAACAAUGGAGUAGCGUUUGUGAAUUUGACUGAAAAAGUCAGUUUUUAUUUUGAAAACAAUCACUUAUAUAUUUUCUACAAUUAAUUAUUUAUCUAUAUUUCUUUCUCUAAAGUGAUGAUACUGAUCAAACUAACGCAUAAGUUCUUUGAUAUUCAUUUGUGUUAUAAGCAUAGAUUUUUGCAAAAUUAGAAAUAAACUGUACAUGGUUUACUACAGAUAAAUAGAUACAGACGAAUGACAUUCUUUUUAACAAACAGUUUAAUUUGUAGAUAUGAAAAUAAAAUUAGUUUUAUAAACCUUGAAAAAAAACAACAAUUUUGGAUAUAUAUCUAUCUUAGGACCAAGUUUUGUGUUUGUGAUCAUUUGUUGUUAAUUUUCUCAACUUUUCCGGGUUUCAGAAAAAAAAGAUAUAAUGCGACAAUGGAACAUGGGUAAUCAGCUUACUAGUAUUCUUUAGAUGUUAAACAAAUAAAUUAAAUCAUACUUAAAGAGAACGUUCUAUUUUUACGGGCGUAAAUUAAGUAUUGACGUUAAAUCUGGAUUCUGUACGCCCGUGAAAGGAUUAUACUGUCGUAAAUUUAGUAAAGACGUAAAAUCGGGAUUUUGUACGGCUAAAAAAAUAUUUUUACAGGUUUAAUUUUCAUCUAUAAAUUACUGCUCAUUUGAAUAUUACGUGCCAUUUGUACGCUAAUAAUCAGUGCCAUUUAUGAAAUGAAUAAAUAUAUUAGUAUAUGUCAAGAGAUUGGCUGUAAAAAUGGUGAUUGACCAAUAAUUGAUUAUGAACAUUUUUAGGAUAGAAUAUAAAUACUUCUUUUAAAAAGUAGAACGUCACCGAUACAUAUCGAUCGGUCUAUAUAGUUAUACGACUAUACCCCCGGCACAGCUAUUCAAGAAGUGUCUGCUUAAUCCUUAAGAAGACACAUUUAAAUAACCGUUACUUUCCACGUGGAUUUAAUACAUUUGAAAUAUAUGGUGUUAUGCUUGGGCCAGUUAAAGGACGCCUAUUGACAUGUUAUAUUUUUUUCUACAAUCUUUGCCACGCCUUUCCGUAUUUUAUAGACAAAGUAGCUAGAUUUCACAUCCACAAGAACUUUUUCGCACCAUUCAACGCCAUUCAGCGUAUUUGUCUCACGGUUAUACCUACUCUUUUGUUAUACAUGUACACGUUAUGGUAAAACAUUAUUUAUCAAUAUAAUGGAAGACUGUUACCUGAAUUUUAGACAGGUAUGAGGAAAUUCACUAACAACAUGUUCGUUAGUCAAAGAUAUAAAAGCUACUUGACAUUGGUGACAUUGGUAAUAAAGGGCUAUAUUAAUUGAUUGAUCGGGAGAUCAAUAUACUAUUUUGUUGAAUUACUUCAAAAUCCUCGUCUGACCAACCAGUAACACCCAAUGUUAAAACUGCAGACGAACGUUUGUGUUGUUAGAAUGUCACAGUAUUCAGAAAAUCAACAUUCCACUCAAACCAUUAUUAAAGCGAUUGCCUUGGAACAAAACAGAAUCAACUUCUUACAGCAAAAAAUCGGGAAAUCAGAGUCGAUUUUAAUAUUCACGGUAAAAAAAUGUCAGAAGUGCAAUCAGGGUCGUAAAAAAGAUGGCACCUAUUAUUUUACCGGAAAGAACCUACGGAAAUACAAUUUCAAAAUGAUAAUACUAUGAUGUAACUAUUCGUUAAAACAAUGCCAACUUAAUUUUUUUCGAUAAAUUUAUAAAGAGUGCAAUUAAGUGUUUAAUAUGUUUGCAUUUCAUUUCCUGCAAAAUUCUCCAGUUUGUUAUUUUUUACCAUAGCGCGACACGAAUGACCGUCUCGUUUAGUUUCAGACUCAAAACUAAAACUACUUCAAUAAAUAGAUUUUCGGACUUUCACAAUAUUAUAAGGCUAUCUAUUUAUAGCUUUCGAAUUCAUGUACAGCAAUAACAUGCAGACAUCAUCCACUAUGUACUUAAAAAAAAACAGUAAUUUUCUGUAGAAGAUACAAAUGUAAGAAAU